AUGUCUCUCACCCCGGAGCAAGUCCAAAUCAUCAAGACGACGGUGCCAGUCCUACAGGAACACGGAGCAACCAUCACAACUCUUUUCUACUCGAACAUACUCGAAGAGCAUCCAGAACUCAACAAUGUAUUCAACCACACCAAUCAAGUCAACAACCACCAAGCUAAAGCGUUAGCGGGGUCUCUUUACGCCUAUGCGUCUCACAUCGACGACCUGGGCGCGUUGAGUCCUGCGGUGGAGAAAAUCUGCCACAAGCAUGCCUCGCUGUACAUCCGCCCCGAACACUAUCCGAUCGUUGGCGAGGGCGUCCUUCGUGCCAUGAAGAGCGUGCUUGGCGACGCUUGUACUCCGGCAAUAACAGAGGCCUGGGCUGCUGCGUACCAGCAGCUGGCCAAUAUCUUCAUCCAGCGCGAAGAACAGCUCUACGCUGAAGCGAAAGGCUGGACGGACUGGCGCGACUUCACCAUCUCUGACAAGGUCAAGGAAAGCGAUGAGAUUACCUCGUUCUAUUUCAAGCCAACGGAUGGCCACCCACUGCCCGACUUCCUGCCUGGUCAAUACACUUCAGUACUUGUGGAUGUCCCGCACUUCGGCUACAAGCAGUCGCGACAGUAUUCGCUAUCAGAUGCGCCGAACCAGGACUACUACCGCGUCAGCAUCAAGAGGGAAGUCGGUCUAAAUCCCAAUGAGCCUGGAGCCGAGGCGCAUCCCGGAUGGAUAUCGAACAUUCUUCACAGCGAGAAGAAUGUCGGCGAUGUGGUUCAACUUUCACACCCUGCCGGAGUUUUCUUCUACGACCCACUCAAAGACCAGGCUGGACCAGUCGUGCUGCUCUCUGCGGGCGUGGGCAUCACGCCCAUGGUCUCCAUACUGAACACCCUUGUACAGCGCGAAUCGAAGCAGCAAAUUUCGUUCAUUCAUGGCACGAGGAACACAUCUGUUCAAGCCUUUGCAAGCCACAUCUCAGGAACAACUGCGGCGCGGUCCAAUGUGCACAGUGUCAUAUUCGUUAAGAAUCCAGUGCCGGGCAAAGAUGAGGGAGGAGUGCACUACCACCACAGCGGCCGAUUAGAUCUCACUAGAUUGGACCGACACGCAGAUCUGCAUCUGGAUGACGACAAAACCAAAUACUUUGUCUGUGGCCCGGAAGAAUUCAUGGCAACCGUAUAUAGGGGCUUGCAGACCAUGGCUGUGGAGCCGGAGCGCAUCAAAAUGGAGGUUUUUGGCACGGGUGAAAUUCCGGUAAGCUUGUAUCCCGAUUUUGGUCGUUCAACCGGGCCCGCUAAUUCUCUUGCGCAUCAAGAAAUAGGGAUGUGGUCUUGGUGUUUUGACUUUAGCCAAUGGACUGCGAUAGUGGUGUAUUUCAACGACUUCUCUGAGACAUUUUAUAGCGACGUGGCGCGUACAACCAGCCUGCGCAAAGUUUUACUCUCAGAACCCAAGGCUCGUCCUUCGCCUCCAAUGCCUUCACAUCUACCGGUCUCUUCCAGAAUCGACUUGCUGUAGAUGUGUCUGUCACCUUGCAGACACGAACUGGCAAUUCCAGACUGUUCCUUGAGCUGAAGUCUGGAAUCCCGGUGUAAUCUUCACGUGCUGACGAUUGCUAGAACGAGCCACAUUAG